GAAAAAUCUCGCAGCUCCAGCUGCAAGCCUUUGGGGUGCCAUGAUCCCAGUAUCUGAGCCACGAUGCCUUUCCAGAAGGCCGCGAGUGAGCGUGCUGAUCGUGGCUCUUGUCCUCACCUACCUCGAGGUUCAAUGCUUUGUUGCCUCCAGAGUAUCUUUGUGGUCAGGUGGCUGGUCCUUAGGCCGUACAGGCACGACUUGGUUGCUGCGAAGAGCCACGAAAGGUGAGCUGGAGGCCAUGAAGCUGACGGAUCUCAAGGGGAUUUGUAGAUCCAAUUCGCUGCCGGUCAGUGGGACCAAGGCGCAGCUUGUCGAGAGAAUUUUGGCUGAAGAGGACUCGAACCUAGAGGAUGAUGAAGAGGAGGAUGAGGAUGAGCCAGAGAAGGUCACUGCGAAAGCAGCUCCUGCACCUGCCAGACCAAAACCUGGGAGUACAACCCCUUCAGGGUACAUAGAGGAGACAGAGAUUUCUGGCCCCAAGGGCAAACCCAUCAUUGCAGGUGAUACAAUUUACCUCUUGGCGCGGACAGGGAAGUACCUGGAGUAUCCUGAGCACCGCGAGGAUCCUCGAGCACGCGCAGUGAUCAAGGGCACGCGACAGGCACUAGAGAUCCAAAAGAAAGGAGGUGGUGCCAUCCAGUCAGGAGACACCAUCUCCCUAAGAUGCCAUCUUGGCGUAUAUUUGGACUUUCAGGGAACUGCAGUUCGCGCUCGGAAAAGUGAAGCGGGAGAGUGGCAACAGAUCAGGAUCACCAACGAAGACCACGAGGGAUCCAUUCGCACAGGCGACGUGAUCUUUCUACGCGGGCACCAGGACAACGUGCUCGAUGUAGAGAAGGAGAAUGUCAAGUGCAGAUGGCUGGGUUGGCUCAGAUUUUCAGAAGAGAAGGAAAGAUCUGGGUGCCAACACUGUUGAUGCGAUUUUCUUCGGCUAGCAUGGUGAAUACAUGUGAAUACCGCACGCCCAACUGUGGUAAAAUUCAAAUAAUAUAGCCUGACUUGUCAACGGACAAGCGCAGCAUCAGUUCAGACUUGACACAUGCCUG